AUGGGCCGUCUGGUGGUGGGGGCGCGAGGUAGCGCCAAAGGCGGCGCCAUGUCUGCAGACCUGGAGGACGUGCGGCACCUGCUGUGGGGGCGCUCCGGAGGCAAGGACCCCGUCUUCCGCUCCUGGUCACAGGGCUUCUCGUUCAGCCCGCACGAGCCGACUGCGCUGGUGCAGCUGGAGGGCGGGCCGUGCGCCGUGCUGGCCGCGGUGCAGGCCUUCAUCCUGCGCUCCAUCCUCUGCCAGCGAGACUCGCUCGACUGGCGGCGCGUCGACCCUGACAGGGUGGACCAGCUGCUCAUCGACGCCGUCACGCACAUCGUCUGCCAGUCCUUGAUUCACACGAAUGCCAAACACAAAGAAAUAGACCACGACUUCUUCCACGAGGAGCUGCGGGUGCUGCCCCUGGAGACGCGCGCAGAGGUGCGCCACUUCUUCGCGACGCACGUGUCGGCUCUGCGCGGCACGUACGGCGUGCUGCUGCUGCUCUACUCGCUGCUCGCCUCCCGGGGGCCCGCCAACCUCCUGCUCGAGGUGAACGACCCGUCGGAACCGCUGAUCGACCCGGAGCACGGCUACGGCGGGCAGAGCCUGAUCAACCUGAUGCUGACGGGCCGAGCCGUCAGCAACGUCUGGGACGGAGACCGCCACAUCGACGGCAUGCUGCUCCGGGGAAUCGAGCGCCAAAGCGAGGUGGGCUUUCUGACGGUGAUGGAGCGCGCGCGCCACUGCGAGGUGGGGGCGUGUCUGAAGAGCCCCCGCCAGCCGGUGUGGCUGCUGGCCAGCGAGACGCACCUCACCGUGCUCUUCUCCGCCGAGAGGCGCCUCGCCGGGGACUGGGCGCCCACAGAACAGGCGCGCCGGGUCUUCCGGCAGUUCGACGCCGACGGCGGCGGGUUCGUACCCAGAGCUCUGCUGCCCGAUGUGCUCGCCGCCCUAGGCAUGACGGCGGACGGAGACUUCACGGACGUGCUGUGCGAGCAGCUGGACCCGGACGGGUGCGGCGUGGUGCUGGAGUCUGCCUUCCUGCGCGAGCUGUGUCCGCCCUCGGAGCCGCUGCCCCCCUCCUUCAUCCUGUACCACUACAACGGGCUGUCCGGCUCCGCGCCCGAUGGCAAGGUGGUGUACCGCGUGGCGCAGGCGUUUCUGGAGGACGAGCAGGACGCGCGCAGCUACGAGGAGCGGCCGCCCGUCGACAUCCUGGGCUGCCUGCAGACCAAGUGGCCCGCCAUCCGCCUGCGCUGGCUCGCCGGCGCACCGCCCUCGCUCAACUAG